AUGUGCGCGCACACCGUCAUAGAAAAAUCCGACAUUCUAGUUAGCUACUUAACAAUUUACGGCGUAGUAGCUGUCCUGUCUUAUGAUGCGAACAGUCGAUAUCCGUCAGAGUACCACGGGCUGUGUAUAAACAUGUUCUUGAAUACCAUGGAGAAGCUGAAGGUAUUGGAGAACUGCACUAUUGUUGUUGGAGAUCUUAAAAUUUUAACACUUGAAAAAUCAAAACCUGAAGAUUUUAAGAAUCUAUCAUUUCCUAAAUUAAAAGAGGUAACCGGCUAUAUGGUUGUGUACAGAGUGACUGGUUUGGAAACAUUCAGCACAUUGUUACCAAACCUAGCAAGGAUUCGUGGAAAUACACUCUUGUAUAAUUACGCUUUAAUCGUGUAUGAUAUGUUUAAUUUAAGAGAGAUUAGUUUAAACAGUUUGAUCAAAAUAGACAGGGGAGGCGUGGUCAUCGGGGGUGGUCCGCUUACCUGUUACGUGAAUACAAUCGACUGGAACGCCAUUGCGCCAAGGGCUCGACAUGUUUUAAGCAAACCGGACAAGUACUCUCACUGCAACUUCCCAUGCACUUGUACCGCCAACCCUGAAACUAAUCGAUGUUGGAAUAAUAAGAAAUGUCAGAUCUUUCUCGAAGGCCCAGACAGCAGGAAUUGUAGCAGAGAAUGUCUCGGAUGCCGUAACACGAAUCCUAGCAGUUGUCAUCUUUGUAAAGACUUUACAUACAAAGGCGAAUGUGUAUCGAAAUGCCCAAAUGAUACGCUCGUUCUGUCUGCUAGUAAUCAUUGUAUCACCCACGAUGAAUGCAUAUACCUUAAAAGUUGGGCAUGGAAUAACACGUGUGUAUCAGAAUGUCCGAAAAACUUUAUGCGAUUCAGUGAAUUAGGACAUAUAACUUGUAUUCCUUGUCUUAAUUGUUAUGAGACAUGUACAAACCUUACAAUUCAAACAUUGGAUACAAUACAACGUGCUGAAAAAUGUGUCUACGUCAAUGGUUCUUUGACAAUUCACAUUUGGUCGUUACCAAAUGCAGUGGACGAAAUGAGACACUAUCUAAAGAAUAUUAUAGAAGUAUCUGAUUACAUUAAAAUUUAUGGCUCUAUAACGAUAACUUCUCUUGAUUUUCUAUCUUCACUGCAAAGAAUCAAAGGCAAAAGAUUGUAUAAUGGAAUGUAUAGUUUACUUAUUUAUGAUAUGCCCAAUCUGCAAUCUUUAUUUUUACCAAGUGUUAUUGAAAAUUUAAAAGUGGAUGACGGGACUUUAAGAUUUUACAGAAACCCAAUGCUCUGUAUGCAUCAAAUUAAAAAGUUGACACAGAGAUUUCCGAUAGCGCCAAACGAGCUUGAUAUUCCGCAAGGGUUAAACGGCUAUAGUGGGAGUUGUAACGAAACAUCUUUAAACCUAAAUAUUGACGUGAAAAAUGAAACAUUUGCUGCUGCGUCCUUGUACCGUUUAUCUAAAGGUGUGCAUUAUACAGUUCUCUACGUAAGGGUACCUUAUGGAUUGAAUACUUCAAUUGUGCCAGAAACAUGUAGUGAUUCGGAGUGGUUUGCAAUAAGUGUUCCAGAUGAUUUUGAAGAAAAUGUCACGGUUCCAUUGCCAUCCCUUCGCCCCGCGUCAACUUAUGCUCUUUGUGUAGAAAAAUACGAGCCAUCGUCACGUCAUCUGGCACGUAGCAGUAUUGUCAAAUUUAAAACUCAUGUAGGUAAACCUGAACCACCUUUCAUAAUGGAACUUGUAGCAUCCUCGUCCAAUGUCAUCGUAGUCAGAUGGGUUGAUCACAUAGACUUCCGACCGUAUAUAACACAUUACGAAUUAGAUAUUAAUUUGGUAGAUAUUAACGAGGAUAAAAUUAUCACAAGAGAUUACUGCAACGUUAUUAAUGAUGAUGUGUACGAAAUAGAUAAUGCAAGACACGCAAAAGUUAUGCGACCACCUAUGAAUUAUGAAAGAGGCUGUGAAAGCAUGUGUGGGAUUCUGUCUUCCGUACCCGUAGGUGCAAUGGUCGAGGACUAUUUUGAUGUAUGUGAAACUAUUGGCUACUGUGACGACGAUUCGAAGCGUACAAAUAAUUAUACUAUUAACGGUGUAGUAAAAAGUUUAUCAUUAGAUAUAGAUGGUCAAAGAAAUACUUUCCAAGUCGGUGGUCUAGCACCAUUUAGAGAUUACAAGUUUCGUUUAAGAGCUUGUACUAAAUACUCAUGUAGCCGAACAGCAAAAGAAGUAGUUCGGACAUUGUACUCAGAAAAUGCUGAUAUAGCUUCUAUAGUUAGUUAUAAUAUCUAUAAUUCUGGAUUCAUUUAUGUUAAAUGGGAACCACCAAAAAUAACGAACGGACCAAUUUUAGCUUAUACUAUUGAAAUUUAUAACGUAAAGUUGACUGACAUGUACCAUUUGGUACCACAAAGAUGGUGCGUUUCUGGAAAUAACACAAGUUUAACUAUCGAAUCAAACAAGGCCAGUAAGUAUUUAGUCAGGAUUUGUACCACAACGUUAGCUCAUACGUACGCGUGUAAUGAUUGGUAUAAAACUGAAAUUCAAUAUGAAUCAGAUUGGUGGUGGAGUGGAGUAAUUUUCGGUUUGUUCAUAACUGUCUUCUCGUGGGUUAUCGGAUGGCGUUGGAGUAUGAGAAGAAGAAGUAGUGACCGUAUACCGCUAUUUGACAUCACUGCUACCUAUCGCCAAGAAAGCGAUCCACCGGCUACAAUGUUAUCAGACUUUGUACCUGUACAUGAUAUUAGACGCUAUCUCGGGAAUCUAUCGGAAAUAGAGGAAACGUCCGUUUGACGGUUAAGCGUAAAAUCACGGCUUAUCACAACUCGCCAGAUAUUUGGGGCUAUUUUAGAAGUACAAUUAUUGUUUAUAAAACCGGCCAAGUGCGAGUCGGACUCACGCAUCGAGGUUUCCGCACAAACAAAAUUAUUAAAAAUAUAUAUGAUGUAACUAAAAUUUUAUGCUUUUCGCAAUUUUUCCUUUAUCUGUGCUAUAAGACGUUCUUCUCAGACGUUACUUAAAUCUCAAGAUUCACAGGAAAUACCCUGUAGGUUUUGAUUCCCUUGCGAGUUUCGAAAAUUUGCAGCAUAUACGGCUGUAUUUUUUAAUU